UGUCCUAACUCCAAGCCAAAAUUUGACCACAUUUAAAACAAUGAAAGCAGUAAAUUUUAUUUUUAUUUUUAUUUGUGUGUGUGUGUGUGUAUGUAUGUGUGUAUAUGUCACAUGUGUUAAUGAAUCUCUAGAGGCCAGAAGAGAGCAUUGGAUUCUCUGGAGCUGGAAUUACAGGUGGUUCUGAGCCACCCAGUGUGUGCGCUGGGACCUAAGCACGGGUCCUCUGACAGAAUGGCAAAUUAUUUCUAGGAACUACUAAGCCAUUUCUCCAGCCCUCUGAAGCAGAAAAUACUAAAAUCAGGUAUUCUACCACAAAGUGAUCGAAGGAUACACUAACUUGAUACUUAUGGGGUGACAGUGGAAAAAUACUAAAAGUCUUAUUUUCCACAACUAAACUACUCUGUUUCUGUCAGAGCAGAAAACUUUGUUAAUAUGGAGAUGAUGCUGCAACUCCUUUCAUAUCAUCGGUCCCAGACCUGAGAGGUAUUGCGGGCAGUGUUCCUUGGGGUUGUGUGUCACAAUGACACCUGCAGACAAAGUGCAGAUGUUGUAUGUGUUCAAAACCCAGGCUGCAGCAAAGCUCCAUGAGGUCACAGAAACACCUCAGGUUCACAACGAGUUUGCUUUAGAACUGAUCUCUGGUUGCCCUGUGUUUGCAAAUAUUUUACUCUUGCCAAACUUUCCCAGACCCCACAUUCAGCUCUGUAGCCAGCCCCAUCUGGGGUCAUGAUCUAUAAUUUACGAACGGGGAUCCACACCAUUCUGUUACCCACUCAGUGACUCCAUGAAACGGAUGAAAAAAUAGAAACAGGCCACCACAGAACAGGCUCUACCUCCCAGCCCCAAGCAAGGGACACACGCACUUGCCACCAGUAACCCUUGUUGCUUACUGGCCAUCAGGUAACUUAUUCCUGGAAUUCCAAGAGGAGCUUGAACAAGUCUAUAAAGUCUACUGUGCCAACUAUGACCAGGCCCUGCUGCUGGUCAAGGCAUACCAGAAGGAGCCGGAACUCCAGAAGGAGAUCCAGGGCAUCAUCGAAGCUGCAGUAAAAUCCUGGAGAACACACCCGCGGAUGCCAGUGCCCACCCUGUCCUUCAGAGAGCCACCUCUGCCCUCCAGGAUGUGAACAGCAAUAUCAACGAGUACAAGAUGCGCAAGGAAGUGGCCUUAAAGUAUACCAAAGUGGAGCAGCUGAGCCUUCGGGAGCGGCUGGCCCGCAUCAACACCCAUACUCUUUCCAAGAAGACCACCAGGCUGAGCCAGCUGCUGAAGCAGGAGGCGGGGCUCGUACCCAGGACAGAAGACAAGGAAUUUGAUGACUUGGAGGAGAGAUUCCAGUGGGUGUCUCUGUGCGUGACAGAGCUGAAGAGCAAUGUGGCAGCUUACAUGGAUAAUCUGGAGGCUUUCCUCUGCUUCCGGCCACACGAGCGGAACCUGGAUAUCCCUGGGGGAGCUGCGGAACAGUACUGCAGCCUAGCGAGGGACCUUCAGCUCCAGGCCUUCCUGCAGUUUAAGCAGCGGUUAACAGGCCUGGUGUGGCAACCAUUGUGCAGUCUGGCCAGAGCCCUGGUUGGCCCUCAGAACUUGAUCAAGAAACGUCUGGACAAACUCCUGGACUUCGAGAGAGUAGAAGAAAAACUGUUGGAUGUGGGCAGUGUGACCUAUGAGGAAGAGGCGGCCCGGCACACGUACCAGGCACUCAACUCCUUGAUAGUGGCUGAGCUCCCACAGUUUAACCACCUCGUCAUGCAGUGGCUGGGCCAGAUUCUGCGCACAUUUGUGGUCCUCCAGAGAGACCUUGCAGACCAAGUGCUGCGAAGGGCAGAGAGCAGCAUGGCCCUGCUGCCUCAUCGCCACGUCUCCGAGCCGGACUUCCAGAAGCUGCUGGAGGACACGCUAGGCCAGAGCAGUAGCCAGCUCCGCCACUUUCGGGAGAGCUUUGAGAAAGUGCUUCCACCCUCCACCUCGCAGCCACUCCUUCCAGGGUCUGAACACCAGAUGCAAUCUCUCCUCACCAGAUAUGGCCCUGGGAAGAUAUACCAGGUGACAAGCAACAUCAAUGGCACUGGGACCCUGGACCUGACACUACCUCGGGGCCAAAUCGUGGCCCUUCUACAAAACAAGGACACCAAAGGCAACAACAGUCGCUGGCUGGUAGACACAGGGGGACACCGGGGAUACGUGCCAGCUGGAAAACUUCAGCUAUAUCACCCUAUCAAUCCCAGUGAGAAGGAGCCCAGACGCCAGACAGGGAUGCCUGAAGACUACUGGCUUCCAACCCCAGAGCCCACCCAACCCUCUGUCCCCACUGUCCCGACCAUGAGCCAGGUGGUGGCCGUGUACCCUUUUGUGGCCAGGAGCACCCACGAGUUGAGUCUACAGGCAGGCCAGCCUGUGACCAUCCUGGAAGCCCAAGACAAGAAGGGGAACCCAGAAUGGAGCCUGGUGGAAGCAAACGGACAGAGGGGAUAUGUACCUUCCAACUUUCUGGCCAGGACUCCGAGUCCAACUCCCUGGGGCUGGAAUCUUCCCUCUUAGCAUGACCUCUUGGGAACCCCAUUCCUAAGGAAAGGCGGAGGCUUAAAAGCUGUGUGACCUAGGGGGGAUGGCGCAAAGCACAGUGGGAAUGGGAGAGGCGUGAAGGGCACCCAGAAGGCAGCAGGAAGUGAUUACUAGGCCUUACAGAAUGCCUGGUGUGGGAGGCCACAGUGGGUGGUUCGGCAGUGCCACUGUGAUCUGCAUAAAGAAGCCAUCUCUAGGCCACAGCUGAUUAGCUAAGGCUUGCCACAGCUCGAAGCUCACCCUACCUCUUCUUACCUCUUUCAUGUCUAGGAUGAAUGUGGCCUGUGUUAGUUGCAGGUGGGGCCUCUCUGAAGACGACCAGGCCUGCUUGGCUCUGUAGUACACUUCCCACAGUGUUGCCAGGAAACACCGUGGCUCGUCAGUCAUCUUUUCUUUCUUACUGCCUUGCACUGAGUUAUUGUGAACAGUGAACUGUGGAGAGUCCUGCUCAAGGGGAAGCCAUGGGCCUAGGUUCUGAGGAGAUUGUCUACUGUGUCUGGGAAUGGGUGUGGUCUCUGCAUAGGUCUGGAACGUGUGUACAAACUUGUAGGUGGUUCCAGGGAAGAGGGGAAUUUGAGGGUGAAUUAGUGGGUGUGAGAGGCUGAUUGCAAUGGUAACUACUGGUGUUUUCUUCAGAGUAGGAAACAAAGGAACUUGUGACAUAGGUGACUACUGGCCUGGCAAGUCGGGUAAGUGAGGGAUAGCGUGGUUUCCUGGCUCUGGGUAGAAGAACCACGAGAACACAGGGGGCCUAGCUUUGCCUCUGAGGACCUGGAGGCAGUAAGGAGCUGAGGUUGGGUAGAUGUGAGGCCUAAGACAUAGGACCCAAUUGCAGUUUUCCACGUAGGGAAAAAAACAAAACAAAACUAAGUCAUGGGAAGCAGUAGGGAUGGCAUGAGGCUGGAGGUGCAAGGGUCCCUUGUCAACCAGGAUGUGCGACACCAACACAAAGACUGUUAGUGGUGUCAGGAUGGCCCAGCCAUUGCCUGGCGUGGGUUAGCAGAGUAAAGCAGUCCUGUUGCUACCUGUCACGUCCCAUGUUCAGGCCAAUGGUGUCCUUUUCCUUAAACCCAGGCUCUGAUUCCAGGCCCAGUCAGCAUGGAUUAACAAUAGACAAUUGUUAGGGGGUUCUGUUCUGUGUGAGCAUCAUGGAGUGUGCAAACUAACAAGGUUAUGACAUCACUAGGCAAUAUAAUCUCAUGGGACUUUGACAUACACAAAGCCAUUGCCUAUAGCUGGCUGUUGCAUGGCGCAUGACAUAUGGGUACAAUCUAGGUAGCCAAAGUCCCAGUGCCUGGUACUUGAUGAGCAGGUCAUUUCUCAAAUCUGGAAACAGAAACCCCUCAAAGCAGACCUUGUUUCUGGAUGACAGGCCCACAGGGGCAUGCUGGGUGUCGUCACUACUGGGCAAUGUCCCUAGGCUGUUGCUUUAGGUCAAGAGUCAUCAGAAGAUCCCAAGACAGUGAAAAGGGUGAUCCACUCUGACCUGUGUACAACUGACAGAUUUGGAAUCGACCCUCUUGAGAGACAGAGAGUAAAACAGGUGGCUAUUUCAGUGUUUCCAAGACUACGUCUGUUUUUACAACUCAAGCGCCUGUUUGUUAACUUUGGCUUCUGAAGGGCUCUUGAGAAAGGCAGCUCGCCUGUGUCAGACGGUCUGUAAUGUGCCUCCUCUGGGCUUGUUGAAGCACCAAUGCCGGAUGAUGCAAGAGCAAGGCUACGCAGCUCCUUUCCCAACCUCAGGUUCUCUCGAAGGACGUUCUCAGCUCAGUUUCCUGUCCGUUUCCUUCUCGGGCUUCUAAUCAAAACAGGAAGCAUAGACAAAACACACGACAAAGCAGGCUGUACCUGCAGCUUCCACAGCUCGUUGUGAAGCUGAGACUCUAGCUUGGAGUUCUUAGCAUGGCUCUUCGCUGCUGCAAUUACCUGGGUUGCCCUAAACGGCAGCAAACCAGGAGCCCACCCAGAGAGAGCUGAUGUCAUUCAUCUGGGCACGAUCAUGGCCUUGGGCUUCAGGAAGCUACCCAGGUGAAUCUCACAGGUAGCCACGUUAAGAACCUCUGCCUUAGACAUGCAGAGGUAAACAGCUAGACCUGGUCAGAGUUGGGACAGGGUAAGUUAAGUCAUGCCCCACCUGAGCUUUGCGCUGGCUCUCUAAGCAGGAAGCUUUGGAAGCAGUUUGGAGUAGGACAGCCUGUUCUGUCAGGUCCCAAAAUAUAUCUUUAUUAAGUGCCGUUAAAGGGGACCUGAAUGAAAUUGAAUGUUCUUGUAGGCAUAAGGGAGAAAAAAAAUGAAAUAUACUUUGAACCAAGGCUAUCUCAUGAAGGAGAAAUAAAAAUGUGUCCAGUACAUGUGGGUUAUAGCUUCUCAGACCAGGGGGUGAGAUUAAAGUCACUGGAGAGUGAGAGAAAGCAUACUGAGAAGAUGGAGCAUGGCCUGGAUCUUCACCCAGGGACUCUGUGUAAUGUGCCUUUUUACCCCAAUGCCUAGAGCCAUUGCACUGUGUCUUAUUUAUUUCACUCUUGGGCUGUCACGUGCACGCUCACAACGAGAAUUGCCUAAGAAUGGAACAGAACUCCCAGGAGUCGAAGAGUGGUUCAUAUGGUACCCCCUGAUCCUCAAAGUGAAGUGGGAACUCUUUAACCCUUUGAGCCCCAACGUAGUUUAGGAUACAGGGAGACGAUUGUAUUAUCCAAGGGAAGACGAGGGAAUUCUUGAGUCGUGUGAUGAGCGUGAUGUGACCACUGGCAAUAAAGGACUUAGUAUGACUCCA